AUAGUGGAAUUAGUGUACCAUUAUAAAAAGGUGCUCCCGUAGAAAGAUCUUGACCCCAAAACCAUUGAAAAAGUAAAGGUGCUGAAGUUCCACAAAGAACUACAAUACAAAAACUACUAAAAAAUAAGUUUUGUAAAUAUAAGAUUUGUUCUAGUUGGCUUUUUAAGAUUACUUGCUUUUGCUUCUUUUGGAAUUGAUAAAAUUUUAUAACAGAUAUUAGAAUAAUAGAUAAUAAAAAAAGCAAAAGAUAGAUAGCUCUUGUUGAAUCUGUAGCAAAACUAUGAACAGAAGCUAAUAAUCCUGAUCGCACAAAAAAAGUACCUAAAAUACUAAGAAUAAAGGUUGAAAGAAGGAGUACGAAGAAGAGAUUUUUGGAUCGCACUUUUUUCAUGUGAAUACACGCAGUGGCCAAUAACCAAGGCAUUAAUGAAGCGUUUUCUACAGGAUCCCAAAACCACCACCCUCCCCAACCAAGCUCAUGGUAAGCCCACCAACUACCAAGGAGAAUACCUACAGUUAAAAAAGACCAACAAGCUAAAAUCCAAAAUUGAAGCUGUCUUGCUUCGCUCACGCCUAUAAUCUUCUCAUGAUUUAAAGAUUGCUUUGCUUUUAACUUUCUACUUUCUAGAGCUUCUUCUCUUACAUAGCAAGACGAAUCAGAGUCUUUUGUAGUUAGCCUAAGGAUCCUACGCUUCGCGCCUUGGUUAUCAAAGCUUUUUAUAUCAUAAUUGAUUAAGGAUAAAGAAAGACUAAAACAAAUGGCACUGGCUACAUAUCCAGCGUAAAUACAAGGAGGAUGUAUGGCUAAUACUGGAUCUUGUAAUACAGGAUUAAGCUCAGCAAGAGAGUUCAGACAAGGAAAAGGUACCUUUAGAAAGGGAUUAGACGUGCUUAUUAAAAAAGUAGAAAAAAACAGUAUUAUCGCACUAUAAAUAAAGAUACCGUUGGAAAUUACUCGUCGUUUUUGUUCUAACUUCAGUUGGUAACGAUUUGUACAUAAAAGAUACCAAGCUAAAUUCAAAUCAUGCAUAAUUUUUGUCUUUUUUAGUUCAAAAAAGCUUUCCUAAAUUGCUUUGGCAACUUUUAGUAAACAAGCGAAGCGGUAUGCUUCGCUUGCGCUACUUGUAGGCGCGAAGCGUCGCCGAUGUUUCCGUCGCCUAAUAAUAAUAUAUAAUGUCGGUUGCUUGCUCUGACGAACCUCAUAGCAGACCUACAAACAAGGUUCGUCAGAAGGCAAGCGAAGCAUACCGCGAUACUGUGCUAAACGCGCGGAACGUGCGGGCCUCCAAGUUUCGCAGAAUCGUUAGAGCCCAAAGGUUCGAAUAACGGAUCUUGCCCACUCUUAAAAGAGCCUAAAGGCGCCUUCGCGCAAAUUAAAUGUCGCUCGCUCGUCCAACCGUGGUUUGCUUCGCUUGCGCUCGUCCAACCGGACCAUCGCUUGCUUCGUCGCAAGCUGGUUUUGUUUCGCACAAAUGUUGCUUGCUCAUUCUGACGAACCUACGGAACCUUCGGUGCGAGCGUAAGCGAAGCAAACCCGCAGAACACUUGCAAAGCAAGUACUUUUUUGGUUCGCAACCGCUCCGCGCUUUCCGUCGCGAGCUUGCUCGCUCUGACGGUGCUAAACGCACUCGUUAGAACAAGCAUAUUGCCUUUUUUGUUCAGCUGAACAAAAAAGGCAAUAUGCUGCGCAUUUUAACACGUGUGAAUCUAAGUCAUAGGCGCAAGCUUUGCUUGCGACUCUAACGAGCCUUUGAAAUUCAAGAGAAUUUUAUUUAUCAGCUCAAAUCAAAUAAUGGGUGCGCAAAUUUACUUGCUAAAGAAAGAUCUUGGAAGCUUUCUUUUUUCUUCAACUAGACUAGAGCGGGCUGGAUCUUCAAAAGCUGUUAUUAUCAAGUGAUCUGUGUCUAUAGAAUGCUUAGAACUUAUCCAAGGACGACACGAAGAACGUGUUAUAAUACAAAAUAAAAAGCCAUAAAAAGCUAGAAGCCAACACCAUAACAAAAGACUUCCUUCAUGAUUAGACCAAGUUGCUGAUAUUUUAAAAAAUAUCGGGUUCGGCGCAUUAUAAUGCGCCGAACUAUUAGUUAAAAUAUUAUAAAAGGAAAAAUCUGAGGAAGCAUAACUUGUAAUAGUACCGAAUAAGUUACUUGUAAGAAGGAAAAAAGAAAGAGAAAUUAUCCAAAAUAAAUUUUUGUGCAGUAAACGUGAUGCAAUCACGCAGCGAUUGGGAUAAAGUAGGAGAAAUGUGGAUGUAAAUAAAGCAAGCAAUAAUAAGUAAUGACAACAUUCCGUGUACAUAAUCUAUUUUUUUCUUUAAAUUAAAGCUUUUGCUUUAGA